AUGUCAAACCCAGUAGCAGAAAAUGCCAAGCUAAACGAGCAGAGAACACGAGCCAUUAAGACUCCUGUUUCAGCAUACCUCUCGAUUGACCCUAGUCGUCGUAAUACUCCAGCUAGUCCUUAUGAUGACACUAUUCUCUCACCUGAAUCUCCGGAAAAUCGUCAAUACCCAUCUUUGAUUCGACCAAAUUCUUUUAAUAGAUUCAGGAAUUCAACACCUGGAAACCAACCCGAUGAUGCAUCGAAUUUUCCUUCUCAAUGGAAACGUGUAUUAGACAAACUAUCUUCGUUAGCACAAAGCGACAGUCAAAACGAUCACGGAAGCAUCGAGACACGUGAUGAAUCAAGUAUGCAAGAAAGCACUGAAAAUACCAAUGAAGAAUAUGAAUUGACUGCACCAAGUACACAAAAGUACUACCGAAACAAAAAGGGGAAAACAUUCGAAAAUCAAAUUGAAGACGAUGCUCUACCAUCCGCAUUUGACAUUGAGGCACUCGAGAAUUCAACGCAUAAUCGACCCGGAGAAGACCAGGAAAGCUACUUUGCCCAUCCAUUUUCAUCAGACCGAGAUCAUCAAGAGGGAUCAACCAGUGGACAGCCGAUUAUUCUACCCAUUCAGGAAAAUGAACUGCACCACCAUAAUCAAGUACAUCCUCACUCUUCGGAGGUUACCAUUCCAAAUGAAGUUCAUCAGAUCAACCCAGCCGAAAGAGCCCAUGCUAAGCAAAAAUGGACAAAAACCCUCGAACGAGUGAAGCUUAUCACUAACCUACCUAAUCAACCUCACCGCCAACCAGAGAUUCCUUUACAGUUAACCCAAACCAUUGCUCCAUGGUAUCCACCUAUUUUCGAUCCACCAUUUUUAUCAUUUAUGACCGAUGAACAUCACCGAAAAUUGCCUCCAAUUCUUUUACAAUGCAUGAUAGUAUCUGUCACCGAUUCAGAGCUUCAGACAAAGGGAAUUAAUCAGUGGAUAUUUCGGAUGGAAUUGCAAUAUGGAGAUGUUAAAUGGGUGAUCAGGAAGACUAUUACAGACUUUGUCAGUCUACAUUACACUCUCAAAUAUAUCGCCUUUUUGGCCGACAUUGCUUCCACUGUACCUACAGAUGUGUUUCUACUCGACAAAAGCUUCUCAGUAACGAACCGUAAACGAGGAAUCUUUGGAAGAUACCACAACCAUAUUAUCCUUGUCAACCGGUUUCGUAGAAUUGAGAUCAAAGGAAGUAAACGACAGAUAGAAGAGUGGAUGGAGAGUAUUCAAAAGGUCUCUAAAAACAGUCCUUGGGUUACAAACCAUCGUUUUGGCUCCUUUUCCCCUAUUCGUCACAAUGCAAAGGUUAAAUGGUUCGUAGAUGCUGAAGAUCAUUUCAAUGCUGUUGCAGAAGCUAUUCUGGCUGCAAAGAAAGAGAUUUAUAUUGCAGAUUGGUGGCUGUCACCUGAACUUUACCUUCGAAGACCUCCAACAGAGAACGAAGAAUUCAGAAUUGAUAGACUACUACAACGAAAAGCAUCCGAGGGAGUCAUGGUUUAUAUUGUGGUUUACAAGGAGAUGACUGUUGCGUUAACAAUUUUGUCUGCUCAUACCAAACGUGCCCUACAAAAUCUUCAUCCAAAUAUUAUUGUUCAAAGACAUCCUGAUCAUCGUACAGUUGAUAAUAAUAUCUUGUUCUGGUCCCACCAUGAGAAAAUGGUUGUUGUUGACAAUCGAAUUGCUUUCAUUGGUGGACUAGAUUUGUGCUGGGGACGAUACGACUCCCAUUCCCAUCGAUUGGCAGACUAUCCAGCAAAAGGCCACUCCCAUGAAAUAUUCCCUGGGCAAGAUUAUUCUGAUCCUCGCGUAAAGGACUUUCUUGAUGUGACUAAUUUUGCAACAACGCUGGUUGACAGACGAGUAACUCCACGUAUGCCAUGGCACGAUAUGUCAAUUGCUGUGGUGGGCCCUAUUGCGCGCGAUGUCGCGCGCCAUUUUAUUCAAAGAUGGAAUUUUCUAAAAUCAAGUAAAGGAAAACAUCGACAGACUGUGCCAUUUUUGAUGCCCAAGGGUGAAUUUGUUGCUGAAAGAGACGAAAGACGGUUUGAAGGCACAUGCCGUGUACAAUUGUUAAGAAGCUCUGCUGAAUGGAGUUCCGGAAUUGAGCGAGAGCAUUCCAUCUACAAUGCAUACAUGGAGUGCAUUAGCAAAGCAAAACAUUUUGUGUAUAUUGAAAACCAAUUCUUUACCGUGUAUUUCAACCAUAAUAUUUAUGAAGAAAGUUUAUUUGUAGUUAGCGCAACUACCCAAGAGGGAAUAUUACGGAACAAGAUUGCUCAAGCCAUGGUAGAACGUAUCAAGUUGGCACACAAGAAGAAAGAGAAAUUCAAGAUAUUUAUCAUGAUACCUUUGAUUCCUGCCUUUGAAGGUGACCUGGCUUCAAAAGAGGCCAGUGCAGCUCGGCAAGUUUUUCUUAUUGAAUACUUUGUAUUGGCUAAAGCCAUUUGCAACGUUAUGCAUUUCCAGUACAUAUCUAUUUCAAGAGGAGGGAACUCAAUUAUGGAGAAGUUGAGAGAGGUCGGUAUAAAUCCUGAUGAUUAUAUCGGAUGGUACUGUCUUCGUAACUGGGAUAAGAUUACCUCGCGUGACCGAGACGACAAGAAGUCUUCAUCCUCAGAGCCUACUGUAUUAUCAAAUUCCACUGAAAAUGGGUCCAAGUCAAACCAAACCCCAGAGAAUAACCCACGUUUUUCUGUUUCUGGAUCCUCGGAAGGCCGCAGUUUGAUGGCUGAAGACGAUGCAAGAGACUAUGUCAGCGAGCUGGUCUACAUCCAUGACAAAAUUAUGAUUGUUGACGACAGAUUAGUAUUAAUAGGCUCUGCCAACAUUAACGACAGAUCACAACUAGGAAACCGUGAUUCAGAAGUAGCUAUGUUAAUCGAAGAUACUGCCAUGGUACCUUCUUAUAUGAACGGUAAAGAGGUCAAGGCAGCCAAGUUUGCCCACAGUUUGCGAAUGCAACUGUGGAAAGAGCAUCUAGGCCUACUCGAGUUUGAUGAUUGGGGAGCAUUGUGUAAUAAUCCAGAUACGAUUCACUGCAAACCAACUCCAAGACACACCCCCCCAAGCUCCCCUAAUUUAAAUGAUCAUAUUUCAAAUGAGGAUAUGAUUAAGGAUAUUGAAAACAAAGAUCCUGAAAACAUCUUUGAUUUUCCGCGAAAAUCAGAGGGUUCAAAAAAGCCGCCGCCAAGCAUCGAUCAGUCGCGCGCGCUUGAUCCUCUUUCGGAUGAGUUUUACUAUGGAAUCUGGCGAAAGACUGCAAAUCGCAAUACAGGAAUAUACCGUGAUUUGUUCCACUGUGUUCCGGACGAUACUGUGCACACAUUUGAGCAGCAUCGACAAUUCCUUCCAGACCCAACCAAGGUAUCGCAUGGACACGUUGCAAACCUAGAAUUAAGUGGUCCAGAGAUUCAACUUCAACUGGACCAAGUACGUGGCCACUUGGUCGAAUUCCCCACAAACUACCUUAAAGACGAGAACAUGCUAGGUUCUUAUCUUCGAGAGGCCAUUACACCAAUGACCAUAUUUACUUAA